AAAAGAUAGUCAUAAGAGUGUGGGAGAAUAUAAACCGUAUUUUCGUUGGCCUGUUGGAAGUGAACACACAUACUGUUCGCUCCCACGUGCACCAUGACGGCUGUUCCUGUGGAAUCCCUGUCGGAGGUGCAGUUCUCCUGCUCCAUCUGCCUGGACAUCUUUGCCAACCCGGUGUCAACGCCAUGCGGACACAGCUUCUGCCUGGCUUGCAUCACAUCGUACUGGGAUUCACGGAGCAAGGCGUGGCUCUGUCCGCUCUGCAAGGAGACCUUCCGCAAGCGACCCGAGCUCCACGUCAACCACACGCUCAAGGAGAUCACAGAGCAGUUCAAGCGCAUGGCUGGGAGCUCAGGAGCUGCGGGCGGUGCCGCUGGCCCCCUGCAGUCCCCUUCCAGCCCAGAGAAGAGGCCACGAGGCCUAGCCAGGCCUGGCGAGCUGCCGGGCAGACUGCUGACCGAGAUGAAGAACCGAUUCCAGAGAGGGUCAUCCAGCGAGAACCUUCUGGAAUCGUCACCACUCCCGCCACAGCCUCCACCAUACAGCGCCCUCCAGAGGAGGUGCAGCCCCAGUGCGUUCAGUGCCGGGGGCUCAGCUGGUCCACAGUGCGCCUCGCACGGACUGGUCCUGGACAUGUUCUGCAGGACUGAUCAGACAUGUGUGUGCGCUGUGUGCCUGGAACAUGAGCAUUAUGGACACAGUGUGGUGCCGGCGUCACGAGAGAUGAACAUUAAAAAGUCUCAACUGGGGAUUGUAGAAGCAGAGGUGCAGGGAUUAAUUGCAGCCAGAGAAAAGAAGAUUGAGGAAAUUCAAAAUACAAUGACCGACAUUCAGGCAAACGCACAGCAGGAGGUGGAGGUAACACUGAGCAUGUUCCGAAUUCUCGUCAGUGCGGUGGACCGGACUCAGGCGGAGAUGCUGGAGGUGGUGGAGGUGGGGCGUGUGGCUGCAGAGCUCCGCUCCCAGGCCCUCAUCAAGGACCUGCAGCUGGAGAUUGAUGAGCUGAGGAAGAGGAGUGACACCAUAGCACAGCUUGCUCGCUCCAACGACCACUUCAACUUCUUCAGGACCUAUCCAUCCCUUUGUAGUGUUCCUCAGAUGAAGACCUGGAAAUCAGUGACCUUGACCCCUGACCCCACAGCAGGAGCAGUGCUGAGGAAUGUCACUCAAAUGGUUGACAGCCUCCAGGAAGUGCUUAAAGGCCUCCGGCAGACCUGUUUGGACUCGGCCAUGAACUCACCUGGACUACAGCAGCUACAGAUGCAGAAAUUGCAAGAAUAUGCACUGGAUGUGACUCUAGAUCGAGACUCUGCCCACCCACGGCUGCUGAUCUCAGAAGACUGCAAGAAGGUGCACUGUAGCGACCGUUACUAUGCUGUGGCAGAUAUACCCGAGCGCUUUGACCGUGUGGUGUGUGUACUCGGUCAACAGGGUUUCAGCUCGGGCCGCCACUAUUGGGAGGUCCAAGUGGGCGAGAAAACGGACUGGGAUUUGGGGGUUGCCAGUCGCUCCAUCAACCGGAAAGGGAAGAUCUCCGUUUGCCCAGCCAAUGGCUACUGGUUUCUGAGUUUACGUGACAAACAUGAAUAUGUUUUCCGCACUGACCCACCUACACCGAUAUCUAUAAACCUCAAACCUCAGAAGAUUGCCAUCUAUGUUGACUAUGAGAGCGGCCAAGUGUCUUUUUAUAAUGCAGAUAACAACACAGAUAUUUUCACCUACACGGACUCCUUUACUGAUGUUUUGUACCCUUUCUUCAGCCCCUGUACUAACAAAUCAGGUAAAAACUAUGACCCCCUCAUCAUAUGCCCUGUGAAUCAAGCUUACUGAAGCAAUUCUGAAAAAAACUGCAAGACAAAUGGUUGUCUCAUUAAUUGAAAGCAUCUUGGGAA